AUGGAAGCCGCCCACGACGGCGACGUCCUCGAGAUCAAGAAGAUUGCAAAGGAGCUGGACGUGCACGGGCAUGGGAUCCCCGCGACAGUGGCCAACACGACCUUCCACGGCGUAAACGCGCUGCACGCCGCCUGUGGCCUCGGCAGGCUGCCGGUCUACCAGUAUCUCAUCGAGGAGGUCAAUAUGGUGGAGAUCGACAAGCCUGAUGCCCGGGGCUAUACACCUGUGGAGCAUGCCCUCACCGAAGGCCACCUCCCUGCCGUCAGGUACCUUCUUGAUCGUGGAGCUGAUCUGCAUCAGCGCCAUAAAGAUGGAACCAUGUCUACUCUUCUUCAUUCAGCUGCAGCUCUUGGGCACUCUGAAAUAGUAAAGUUUCUUCUUUCUAGAGGGGCUGAUAUUGAUGCGCUAUCAUUUUCUGGGACACCACUGUCUCUUGCUGCUCUUAGAGGACAUGCUAGCACGGUUAAGAUCCUUUUGCAGCACAAUGCAGAUCCUAACAAGGGCACUCGUCGGUUUGGACCUUUAGGGAUGGCAAUAGAUAUAUCAUCUGUGUCCUGUGUGAAGCUAUUGAUUCAGGGUGGAGCUAAUGUGAGCGGUGGUAGUCCUUGUGAUAUUCCUUUGGUUGCGGCUGCAGAGAAGGGCUUAACUGAAGUUAUUAAGUGCCUGUUGGAAGCUGGUGCAAAUCCAAAUGUCCCUGACACGUUUGGUAGAUUGCCAAUAGAGUUGGCUGCUGAAUAUGGCACACAGGAAGAUUUUGAGAUUCUCUUUCCUUUCACCUCUCCCAUUCCAACUGUGACAAAUUGGAGCGUUGAUGGAAUCAUUAGUCAUGUGGAGAUGGAAAUCAAACAGCUUGAGGAUGACAAUUUUGUGAAAAAGGGUGUGUCUGACCUGAAACAACAAGCAGAUGAAGCAUUUAGGAAGCAGGAUUAUCUGAAUGCAUCAGUGUUCUACACGCAGGCACUGAGGAUGGAUAACUUCGACGCUAAAUUGUUGUCAAACCGGAGUCUUUGCUGGGCUCGCAUGGGUCAUGGAGAAUGGGCUUAUGAUGAUGCAGAUAAAUGUCGGGAGCUUCGCCCAAAGUGGGCCAAGUCACACUAUCGGCUUGGAGUAGCUCUGAUGUGUAUGAAGGGAGGUGAUUGA